AUGAUAUCAGAGAAAGGGGCUACUGCAUUAGCAAUCGUGGGCACUGUUUGCUGGUGUGUCCAACUGAUUCCCCAAAUCAUUUUCAACUUCAGACGUAAGAACUGUGAAGGAUUCCCUCCUAGUAUGAUGUUCUUAUGGGUCGUCUCUGGUAUUCCUUUUGCAAUUUACUUCAUGGUAACCAAAGGUAAUGUAAUACUUCAGAUCCAGCCGCACCUUUUUAUGGUAUUCUCGGGCAUCAGUUACGCGCAGUGUCUCUACUACCCACCUGUCCAAUGGAAAUGGAGAAAAAUAGCGCUGAUGUUGGUUGUGCUUGCCGCACUUGACGUUGGUAUGGAAAUUGGCUUUACUUUAUGGUUAAGACCUUUGUAUUCACGGGGCACGCAUUGGCCCAGUCUUAUUUUUGGGAUAGUCGCGUCAGUACUUCUCGGGCUUGGGCUCUUGCCCCCCUACUACGAACUAGCUAAGCGCCAAGGCCGUGUCAUAGGGAUAAAUUUUCUGUUUCUGUUUAUUGACUCACUAGGUGCGUGGCUCUCGAUUGUGAGCGUCAUACUGGGUAAUAUGGACGUAAUGGGUAUUGCACUUUACUCAGUUAUUGCAGGACUUGAAAUCGGUAUAUUUCUAUCCCAUUUUAUAUGGUGUUGUAGGUUCAAGUGGUUCCGGAAGGGCGGCUUCGCGGACGAAGAGAACCAAUCCAAUGCUAGCGAAAAAGACAACAACGUUGAAUUGAAAAUGGAUAGUUCUUCAAGGGAUUUUCAGACUGAGCGUAAGUCAGAUGAAACGGAGGCUGUCGUCACCACCACGGCCGCUUCUGAGAAUGCAACUCAAUAG